AUGUUAAUUGGGCCAGAGAUCUUUUCCAAUACAGUUUCCUUAGUUAGCAAGAUCAGAGAAAGGUUGCUAACGGCUCAAAGCAGGCAGAAGAGCUAUGCAGAUAAGAAGCACAGGGAUAUAAUAUGCAAUAAAGGUGAUCAUGUGUUUCUCAAGGUAUCUCCAUGCAAAGGUAUCAUUAGGUUCGGAAAGAAAGGAAAGUUGAAUCCAAGAUAUAUACGGCCUUUUGAAAUUUUGGAGGCAGUUGGUGAGGUUGCGUAUAGAUUAGCAUUACCUCCCAGCCUUGCUACUGUUCACAAUGUUUUUCAUGUGUCCAAUUUGAGGAAUUACAUUCCUAAUGCGAACCAUGUAAUUCAUUAUGAUGAAGUUCACAUAGCAAAUGAUCUAUCAUAUGAGGAGAGACCAACCCAGAUCGUAGCCAGGCAAACCAGGAAGCUAAGGAAUAAGGAAGUAAGUAUGGUCAAGGUACUUUGGCACAAUAGUUCUAUAGAAGAAGCCACCUGGGAAGUAUAA